AUGUAUAGAACAUUCUUGGCAAAUUACAAGAUAGAAGCGCAGACAUAUUAUUUAUGCAACGGAAUUUAUUAUACAUACGCUUAUCCAGGAUGUGCAUAUAAUUAUUACAACAAUUUUUACAACAAUUAUGCAUAUUCUUCCUUGACGUAUCCUUAUACCGGAACAUAUUACCUUUGCAACGGCGUAUAUUACACUUAUCCUUAUCCAGGUUGCACGUAUAACAAUGUGUUUUCGAACGUGAACACCAACACAGUUGUGAAUCCGGUUAUCGCAACGCCGGUUAUCGCAACCCCAACUGUUAACACUGCCUUCAACACUGCAUCUCUCCCUGGUCGUUCCUGCUUUACCGGCUGGAGUGUCGCAAAUUGCCCCAAUAGGAUCCACGGCACCCCAAGUGCCGGGUCAGCUGGGACCUAUACUGGGCAAGCGACGCCGGCGCUGAGCGUCAUGUACCAUCAGCAACAUUUGUCCAGGACAUUAAAUGACUUCUAGUGCUGCUUUAUGCUACUGCUCAAUC